GGUAGCCUUGACUAGGAGCGGAACCUAAUUACCGUCUUUUGUCACAUUUUCAAUAUUCCUUGGAACUCGAUCUCAGCAGAACCUGUCGCAAUGGUUAACUAUAUUUUUGCAUGUGUGCUAGUCUCUUUUCUGUCCAUUUUAGAUGCAUCUUUUGCGGUACAUGUAGAAGUAUGUGACAACGAACACAAACGUGACGAGAUUAUAAAGGGAUUUUCUCACCUUGUUCACGACGCCAAUAAUGCAGAACUAAACGCUUCCAAAGACUUUUACGCUGAUAUGCUUUUGUAUGCCUUGCAAAAUAAGCAACCACCUCAAGCCAUUCCAGCAAAAAGAGCGCAUGGUCAUAUAGAUCAUCAUUUCAGUGACAAACUUGAACAUUACAAGAGAGAUAUGCUUCACCAUAUGAAUUUGAUUUGUGUUUCCCAAAUACUGUGGGAGCUGGAAAACAUUCUUGGUUAUCCACAUGAAGUUGCAACCGUUGCAACGCAGCCAACACACCAUGUGACGCAUGCCAAAACAACAACAACAGCUCGCCACACUACAGCUACGACGACAACGACAACACCGAUACUCACAACUACUCUACCCAUGUUAAAUGUGUCGGCAGCGUGCGACCCCCUUCUCUUUGUUCGGGCGUUGGCUACUGGAGUUCCACUGACCCACGCCGAUGCUGGUAUUUGUACUGACAACAUGCACUCACAGUCAGAAGCUCUUCUUCUUAGAACGUGUGAAGCUAGUUCGCCAAGCACGUGGACACAAGGAGUUAAUGUAAUGCAGAACUGUGCUCAAAUCCCCAAGUAUACACCCGUAGCAACGUUUCUGUUUGGACAAUACGUUUCUGACGGCACUGUACUCUCGGGUGUAUUUCUUAAAUGCACAGCAACAGGAUUUGAGAUAUCAGUACAAAUAUGUGGACAUGGACCUCAGAUAUUUGAACUGAGUUCGACCUCGGGAAACACACGGCAAAACGCAGACAGCUAUUACAUUGUAGAGUGGUGAUACAAAGAUCAUAAAUAUCUUAAUUGUU